AUGGACGCUAUAGGACAUAUCAAUACAACCAAUCACAGUGGUAGUGGUAAUCAUCAUCAUCACCAUCAUAAUAGUAAUAGUAAUAAUGUAAUGAUGAGUCCUAGUCAUAAUAAUAAUAGUGGUAGCAAUCAUAAUAAUAAUAGUAGUAGCAAUACUACAAAUACGCAUUCAUCAGCACCACACGGAAAACCAUUACUCUUUAGAAACAUGUUUAUCUCAUUGGAUCCAUCCUUUUCAUAUACUCUACUCGAAUAUUUUUGUCGUGGAGCUACCUCUACCAGAUCGCAAGAACUAUUUAACAUCCUAAUUGUUUUAUUAGGUGACCAUUACUUUGAACUAUUAAAGGUUUAUCUAAGAGGUAAUUUAUACAAUCAAUUGGUACCAGAAACUCAAUUACCUCUUGUUUCAACAAGUUCUUCUUUUUUAAAUUAUAAAAAUGUAUUAAAUAGAAUGAUAUCAUCAUAUAUUAAAAUUCAAGUUGGUUCAUCGAUGGAAUCAUACUUGUCAAAUCAAAUAUUGGUGCAUGCACAAUCGAUUCAACAAUUUUGUUUAACAUCUAGUUUGACUGCAAUGAAUAAUAAUAAUAAUAAUAGUAAUAGUAAUAAUAAUAAUAUGUCAUCACCAGCAUUGGGUGGUACAUUGAGAAAUAGUACAUCAUUUACAAGUUUGGAAUCACUUCAAAAUAGUGGUGGGUCAUCAGAUAAUGGUGAUAAUGCUAGUGCUGGUAUAUCUAGUAAUGGUAGUAAUGUGAAUAGUAUCAAUUCAAGUGCUCAGGCUGGUGGUGUGUCGGAAGAUGAGUUGUUGGUCAAUAUUGCAUGUUCUAUUAUCACGUCGAUGUGUAGUUUGAAGAGACAGUCCAACAAUAUGGGACCACUGCCAACAUCACAACAAACGGUCGAUUUGUUCAACGGACCAUGCAUCCAACUAUUUAUUUCACUCUAUAAAGAAACCGCGUCGGUCAUGCCACCCAACUAUGCAGUCGACCUACUCAAACGUAUUAUAUUUUCGAGAAUCGUGUGUCCCACUUUGGCAGCGCUCAAGAUUGGCAACAACGUCGGCACAAUCUUACAAUCGCCAAUGGUUCAAAAAGUAUUUAUCGAGAUUUCAAAAAUCAUCAAUGACAUUAUAAAUAAUACUGCUGUCGGAGGUACUACUACUACUUCUAGUAACUUGGGUAACAGUGGAUAUGAAGGUCAACCAACAUCUGCCAAAUCAAAGAGAUGGACUCUUAUCAAUCAACAAAUCAACGAAUACAUAUCGGGACUCAUCAAUAGAGGGUUGUCCAACCCGUCGGCGACAGCUGCCGGCUCUGACCACGUCAAACCACCAAGUGAAGAGGCAGUCUAUUACUUGUCCCACUUUUUUAAAUUGGAAAAUACAAAGUUGGAUGACUGUUUUCAAAGAGCCAAAGGUGACGGUGCAAAUGGAGAACGUAACCUCUACCUCUAUUCAAUCUUUCAAGAGAUUAUUGCUGUACUUAAAAACUCCAUUUCCAUUGGUGCUUCUGCGUCAUCCACCUCGUCCAUUACACAUCGAUCCAACAACACAAGAACAAGAUCUAGUAGUACCAUUGCUAUUACAGAUGUUGGUAAUUCUACCAUCUCGAUGUCAUCGUCAUCUUCAUCGUCCAAUCAAAUAGUAUCACCACGUACAGUAUCUGGUGCGUUGAGUACUGGAUCUACUCCUGUUACAACAAAUGGUUCUUGUUACAUUGAUUUCUCAAAGAAGUGGCAGACUGAUGAUCUCAAAACAACGAUCAACAAUCGAUCGCAAAAGAGAAGGUCUCAACUACUCCAAAUCGAUCGUUCCAAAUAUAAAUACCUCCACGUCUCGACACAGUUUUGUUUGUCUGCUCAAGACCCCAACUAUGUCAACCAAACGAGAUUGUUGUAUCUUCCAGUGACAGUGACAGUCAGAGCACUCAUCAACAGAAUAGUCAGUGAGAAUGAGACGAGCGAGCUUUUGCAAACGGUCAAUUCAAGCAAUAGUCACGACUACCAACUCUACAUCAAGUACAACAGCAAUCAUGUCACUGUCAUUGAUCCCACUUCAUUGUCCAACAAUGAGAUUCUGUGUGACUCUGAAUUGCCACUUUGGAUGUACGAUGUAGACAGUGAAAUAACACUCAUCAUCCGACCAGAGAGAAAGCGAGUUCAACCUCCAUUCUCUAUUUAUCUUAAAUGUAUUUUACCCUGUAAUGAUAGUCAAAUUAAUAUUAAUCAAAAUAAUAAUAAUCAAAAUAAUCAAAAUCAAAAUAAUCAAAAUCAAAAUAAUCAAAAUAAUCAAAAUAACAAUCAAGAUCAAACAACAAGUUAUUUAAAUAAUUUAAAUUCAAUUUUCCUUUCUACAAGUGGAUUGGUUAAUAAUCUAGUGAUUCACAGUGCAUCAUCUCAUAUGCCAAUAUCAACCAUCCCACCUUCAUCACCUUACAAGAUUAUCAUCAUGCUUGUAUCUCUUCAACUUACUCCGACGGUCGUCAUUAAUGACCUUCUCUUGAAACAUGUCAUCCACUUGGAUCCGACAAGAUUAGGAUUCUUUUUGCACAGUUUGGAUGACUCUGCCAGUACAAGUAGUCACCACAAUCACAACCAUCACAAUCUUUCGCAGAUUCCAAAUUCCCGUGUCAUGGCUGCCAACAAGAUUCAUACCAUGGAUAUUAUAGAAUGUAAUUUUAGACAAGCAUACGAGUUGUCGGCGGUGGUUGAUGGUAAAAACAUUACCUACCUUUUGGAUCACGACAUGACUGUUGAAAAUGCUACUCUAUCACUCUUUAGUGCAGUCGUUCCAGCACCUCAUCAACCAAGUCUUGCACACCUCCAACCUCUGCAACACUACACUCUGGCUGCCAUGUCACGAAACAAAUUAUUGGCCUUUAUGCAACCCACUGGUAGAAUGUCGUCUCCUCAAUUGGCCCUUGGUGACGAGAUUUUGAUUGUCAAAAAGAGUCUAGUUUCAUUGGUCGACAAGAUCAAACAAGGUGACAAGGAUGUCGAUGAAGGUGCAGGUAGUAGAUUACUCAUGUUUAGAAAUUCUGUACGAUUGACUCCACAACUCAUCCAACAACAACAACAGGAAUUAGAAGGUAUCAAAUAUAGAUUCAAAAUUACUUGGCCUGGAAUGACCCACAAACAUGUCAAUAGUACUAGUUCUAUUCCUUUACUUGUUUCUCUUCCAGGUUCUCAAUCUUCUUCGACUCCAAUGUCAUCCACUUCUUCUGGUGCGAGUUUAUCCAAUUCUUUAAGCUCAUCCAAUAUCAAUAUACAAAAUAUUCUGACUGGAUGGGAAAAGAGAAAUCAACUAUACUAUAGUUCAACACUUACUUUGGAUCCAUCGCUCGUUGCCAUCUCUGGUCAAUCAUGUACAAACAAUGAAGUUAAGCUGUGUAUUAUUGGUGAUGAGACAAUUGACAAAUCAAAUCUAUUUGCCACCCUCAAGAAACAUUCUAUUCGUCCUCCUAUUCAUUUCAAUAGUACUGCUACUGGUAGUACAAAUAACAAUAAUGGUUCAAAUAGUACCCUUACCAAUCCAACCACUCCAACAUCUACACAAAAUGUAAAUCCACUAGGACAAGCAUUAUCUCAACAACAACAACAACAACAGCAACAGCAACAACAACAGCAACAAGAUAAAUCACAAAACUCUGCCCCUUCCUCUUCCUCUCAAGGAAACAAUGAGUCAGAUUCAGAUGAAGGAGUUAAAAUUUGUGAAUGGUAUUAUACAACAAACGAGUUGCCAGACAAGGUUGUUAAUUUUAAAACCUUUUAUUUCUCUGGACAAGAUAUCUACCAAUCAACUCAUCCUCUAUUUGUUUCACCACAAUCAUUGUAUGUUUUAACGUAUCCAGCUGCUCAACUCAAUGAAUCUACCAUUGAAAAUUGGAUGGAAAUUAUUCAAUCAAAGUCUCCUGGUUCGUCGGUCUAUUUGGUUGCUCUAUCGUCGUCAUCGACCGACGAGAAAAAGAUUCAAACUUUUGCACCAGAAAAGUUGGCCAAGUUCCCCAAUAUCAUUGAAUUCCUUCAAGUCAAUCUCAAGAAUAGCAAGCAGCUAAAGUAUUUCUUGACAUCGCUCCAUGCAACUGCCACACAACGACACUAUCGUCACAGAACUCCCAUUCCCUACAUUUUGUUGAGAAAUCAACUAGUAGAGUCUGCCAAUGAAGCCAGACGUCUCUCCAAACUCCCCAUCACCUCUAUUGCCAGAGUACGUCAAAUCUCGAUCACUCUUGGACUCGAUGCCAAGCAAGUCGACGAUGCCCUCGCCUACCUUUGCAAAACUGGUGACAUUUUAAUGUUUAACCAAGAGGGUGGUGACAAUGACAGUGUUUUCACUCAACUCAUAUUCCUCGAUGCUGCAUGGCUCUCCAAGUUGGUAUCUUCAGUCUUUACACUCAAACAUCAAAAUGGUAUGUUGUUGAUGGACAAGAUUCAUCAGGCUUGGGAUCACUUGUUCCUUCGUCAGUUGCAACCAUCACUCCUCUAUCUUUUAGAAAACUUUGAGAUUAUGCAUAGUAGUCAUAGCUCGGAAGAGGGUCCUGGCAGUGUCGAGGACGAGUCGUACCAGAUUAUUGUUCCCUUGCUCUUUGGAGAGGAACGUCCAACCGUCAUGCCAAUGUUGUGGCCAGAGUUUGAUCACAGUCGUCCCGUCACUCAAGAACGUAUCUACCAAUUCAAAUUCCUUCCAAAGGGUUUCUUUUCACGUCUCUCUGUUAGAAUGCUACAAAAUUUCGAUCCAUUGGCCAUUUGGCAAAGUGGUAUGGUCAUUCAACCAGAAGGACAGGUUUGGGCAGGUGCCGCUCGCAAUGACAAUGGUCAAGUCAAACUAGAGUAUGACAAGAAAGCUUAUUGUCUCAAUAUGAUGAUCAGAGACAACAAUAUGGAGAGUGGAAAGAACUUACUCAAAAAGAUGGUUGAAAUCAUUUCUUCAUUUUUAAUGUGGUAUUUCCCAGGUCGUUUGACAUCGGUCACUGUCACUUGUACACAUUGUCAUGCUUCUCGAUCCAAAGAACCAACCCGUUUCUCUCUCGACUAUUGUGAGACACAAGCUAGUAUUGGUAAUCAGUCAAUCAUGUGUAAGGGUGUCAGUCCCGUUCCUCUAUCAGAGUUGGCAUGUGAAGUCACAGUUGCCUCGGACAAGUUCUCAAUCAUCCCCUAUGAUGAAUUAAAGAUGGGUCCUCAACUAGGUCAAGGUUCAUUUGCUACAGUCUACAGAGGUCUUUGGAAUAAUGGUACUGAAAUUGCCAUUAAAAAAUUAAUCCUCUUGGAACAAGAAGAAACUACUGAAAAGUUUAGAGAAUUUAAACAUGAAGCUGAAAUUUUAGCUGAUUUAAAACAUGAAAAUAUUUUACAACUUCGAGGUGUAACUUUAAAUCCAUUUUGUAUUGUAACAGAAUUAUUAAAGUUUGGUGAUCUUUCAAAAUACUUGCAAAAUUUUACAGAAUCUUUAUCAUGGAAUGUUGUAUUAAAAUUAGCUUUGGAUAUUGCCAAAGGAAUGCAAUUUUUACAUUCUUGUAAACCAAUUAUUAUUCAUCGUGAUUUAAAAAGUGCUAAUAUUUUGAUUGGAACAAAUGAAAAUAAUGAAUUAGUAGCAAAAGUAUCUGAUUUUGGGUUAUCAAUUAGACAAAUUGAUAAGGAAAUUAAAGGUAGAAAGGUAUGGAAUUUGAGAUGGUUGGCACCAGAGAUUAUAAAGAAUCAUCAAUACACUCAAAAGGUUGAUGUUUAUUCCUAUGGUAUGGUUAUUUGGGAGAUUAUUACCAGAGAAUUGCCAUUUGAUGAAUACUUUGAUGAACUUAAAUGGAAUUCAAUCAUUGAAGAUAGAAUUCUAAAUGGAAUGCGUCCAACCAUUCCAAAGGAAUGCCACGAAGAUUAUUCUCAAUUGAUUCGUGAUUGUUGGCAUGAUGACCCUAAAAAGAGACCAUCAUUUGAUGACAUUAUCGUUAGAUUGUUGCAAAUGCAAUCUAGUUUCCCAUUGUCUGAAAAAAUGUCAACCAGUUCCACUAGUGGCACUCCCCAACAACAAUCAGAUUCUGCCUCUGACAUUCAAUCACCACCAGUUGUCCCGAUGGUCACACCAUUUUCACCAGCAUCUCCCAAUCAAAUGCUAGACUCUAUUGGAACACUUAAAAGAGGUAGUCUUAUCCCAGCCAAGUUGCUCAGAAACAAGACACUUCCAUCACCACCUCCUUCACCAAGAAAUGAUGGUCUUUCCUCUAGACAAAGUAUCUUCCUUGCUUCGUCAGACUAUGGUGGUGACAAUGUAACCGAUGACACUUCUACAUUUUCUACUCCGUCUACGCCAACCACACCAACUCUUGCAACUGUCAGUCCAACACUUUUGCAGAAUUCAAUGAUAGAUUUUGACGAUAGGGAAAGUCUAACUGGCAGUACAAACAACAUGAUUAUGACCAGUGCUAGUAGUACUGCCACCAACAAUAGUAACAACCCAAUAUCAUUUUUACAAUUUAUACCAGUCAAUAUUACUUCAAAUAUUAAUUGUUUGUUGUAUCUUCAUCAUGUUCAACAAGUGUGGUGCGGAUGUAAUGAUGGAGCUGUUGUCGUUGUAAACAUGUACACCAAAUCAAUUAUCACUGCCAAUAGAUAUUCAGAUUCCUCUAGAAUCAUUGGAAUGAUCCCAACUCGCAAACCAGUCAAGACUAAAACACCAAAUGUUUCCGACCCCCAUGGAGACGAGGCUGGAGAAGUUCAAAUUUGGGUUUACUAUGCCGAUGGUAUUUUAAUCUAUGACCCAAAACAACCAUCAAAACCUGUAAAAUCUAUCAAAACAAACUUUGUAUCCUGUCUAAUCGAUGAUGGUAAAUCAAUCGUUACAAAUUGUCGUGAAAAGGUUACUUCUAUUAAAGUUUAUAGUAAAAAUAAAUAUAAAAGUAAAAAGACUAUAAAUAUACCAAGAAUACCAGCAGAUAAUCAAAUAUCAUCAAUGUCUGUGAUUCAUGGAUUCUUUGAAAGUAAAGUUUGGAUUGGAACUGAAAAAGGAAGUUUGUAUCAAUUGGAUUACUUUUCUUCAUCACCUUCUCAUUGCACUCAACUAGCAGAUUCACACAACAAUACAGUACACUCUAUCAAAAAGGUUGGAACCAACAUUUGGACGGUUAGCGAGAAACAAAUACUCAUCUUUGAUGAACAAGCCAAAUUGAAAAAGAAAAUCGAUUCGAUCAGUCAACGAGUGCAAAGUAUAGUCGCUCACAAUCAAUAUGUAUACGCCUCUUGUUGGGAUAGUUGCAUUUUGGUAUUUGACAUGGAAACUUAUCAAUGUGUUCAGGUUUUGGCUCACCAUUCCAAUUCAGUGAGUUGCAUGGCCCUAGUUCCAUCUUUGGCAGCUCCUUCUCCUUCUCCAAGCUUUUCAAAGCAACAAGAUGGAUCCAUGCCCGAAGCCUAUUGGUUGUUGGCAGGUGGAUGGGAUAAAAAGAUUUCAAUUAACACUAUAAACAAAUAA